CUUUUCCUGUUGACGAAUACCCGCCAAUGCAAAAAGCCAUUUCUUUCGGUCUCCCGCCCGUCGGAAGCACCAGUGGCGACGAGCUAAUACCAGCAGCAAGCUCCAUGUCCUCCUCGUUGUCUAGUCAGCAGCAGCACCCAAAAAGCGCUGACGUUGACGGCGUUGCUACUAGAAACCUCGACGCCGCAACGGACUACAACCUGCCUCCGCAGGAGGCAUUCUACCCCGUCCCAGAAGUAUCGCAAUCGGAGCUCGCCCGACAGCGCGCUUUGGUGGACAAGUUGGAGAAGUGGGUGCUGUACCAGAUGGCCAAGAUGCACAGCCGGCCGCUGGAAGGCAUGUUUCACGAAAAGCACGUGCAGAGGUUUUUCAUCGAGAGGGAAAUCUCCGUACCGAAGUUCCGGAUCCUGGAUACUUGGCGCCCGCACUACGAGGCGUUCGGGCGGUUUCGAUUUGACCGACGACCACCGCCCAGCUGGACAUGGACGGCGAUCCUGUCUCCGGUAGAAUGAUGACAAGAUUGAGCUAUUUUGAUGUGCUUUAUGUUCAAUCGUGCAGACAGCAGAGAAAGUGAAAGUGCAAGAAGAAAACCAAAACCGGCACUGUAUGUAUUAAUUUGUAGAUGAUCAGUACGAAGUCAUCAAAAAAUAGUAUAGAGCAUCCAAAGAUUUAUCACGACUCGACACAACUACAGGAAAACGCCUCCGUCCCGAACCUCCCCACUCAAGCCACAGGUCAGAUCGAUCAGCACCAAAUGCAACUGCUCACCGCGAAGCGAGACGUGCCGCAGCACAGCCAGUACCUCGACAGGUACAGCACCCAUACUACCAGCACGCCCCCGAGCGCCAUGGCGGUAGCGGUGGAAUCGGCACGGAGUGCAAGGGAGAACGAGCAAUAUAGCAACGUCGGGAAGGGUAAAGAUCACAGCACAACACCUACGCAUGCAAAUGCCACCCCCGGAAAUGAAGCCAAUGCUUCUUCUAAUGUCGGAAGAACUGCUGGCGCCAGCGCACCUUCUUCGCAAAAACCACCACUCGGCACCACCACCGCAGCAGCCGCAUCUCCAACCGUGAUAGACUCGUCAACCAAGCCCCCGCACCAGUACGAUAAACCGGUUUACGCGAUGACGGGGUCCACUCUCCCGAUCCUCGACGCGUCUCGAGUCCCCGUGAUGCUGCUGAGCCCGGAACGGCUGAAUCGGAAAUUCACAAGGUAUGACGAUGACCCGCUUUUCGCGGACGAACCGCAAUUGGAUCUGACUCUUUUCGAAGUCGUCCCCUUUAUCAACGGUUUGCACAACAUCUCCCAGAUUGCGAAGCUUUCCGGCUGCGACUUGGAAAACGUCGACUUGGUCAUCCGACACUUGGUGAAAAGCCGCUGGGUGUUCAUGAUUGACCCGAUUCACGAAUUUGCGCUGUACCGGUUGAAGCCCGAAUUUUACGACUUCUUCCACCGGGAGUUCUACAAACUGCAAAAAUUCUCCCACGCUUUCAAGCUCGCGAUCGCCCGGGAGCAGAAAUUGAUGUGGAACGAAGCGCUUUUGCUCGAGAAGCGGAAUAACCAGAUCUUAGAGCGGAUCCGGAUGAGCACAACCAUUCUGGAUGGAACUACUGGUAAAGGUGCAGCGUUUCACUGCAGUGGCUAUGGCGUCGGGAUACCUGCUGUGGCGGGCGGUGCGUCGGCGGCUUUCUCCCAGCGCCAACUUCAGUUGCAGCAGCAGCUCUCGUCGCAAAACGGUGCGUACUAUUCCCAGCAACUUCAAAACUCAUCUGGUGUAGCCCAGCCAACUACUCGGUCGCGUGACCAGCACGGCUCUUUUGAGAUCGAAAUGAACAUCCAGGGGGCGGAGGAAGGCGACGCGUUGAUGUCGUCCCGCGGAGAUGCGCUGAUGACAGAACAAGUUGCAGCACACCAAGCCCAGCCAGUCUCAGACACCAACGACGGACGGCUGCGCGAUUACCUAUUACGGGACGAGUUGUUGGGGGGCCAAAGGCCUGCUACAACAGCGGGCGACCACGGUCAGUACCUGCUCGCGCCAUCUCCUACUUCCUCAAGUGAAAAGGCUAUCGCGAUGCGGGUGUGCCGUCCCAGCCGCGCGAGUUCUUCCGGUUUCAGUCGGGCCAGCAGUAGUUCGAAGAAGCAUGUUGACCUUGAACCGGAACUCACUCCUUCACCCCCGUCCGACCUUUCGAGUGUGGAAUCUCUGAUGCGCACACGCGACAACCAGCGCCGGAUGAGCAACUGCUACGAAAUGAUCGGCUACAUGUUUUUCACGCAGCCGCGGAUUCUGCAGUACUCGAAAGCAGUCAUGCGACGCCGGGAGAUGACGCAAAUCUUGCGUUUGAACGGGAUAAAGCCAAUCUUGUUGAAAAAACGAGUUUUUCAUAAAAACAACGCGUUAAUGCAAGUGCAACAAGGUCAAGCACAGACUGCUAGUGGUGCGCAAAUGCUCGUGCAGCAAGGCAGGGUUCCUGAUGGUGCUGGCGGUGCUCCAAAUCAGUCGCAGUCUUCACUAAAACGUGACAAGACAGCGAUAAAAAAUACCAUGAACCUGACAAGUGGCCAGCUGUAUCAGGCCCAACCUCCCGGUGGCGGUGCCGUCGCAGAAGCCGCUCUGGGCCCGCCGCUCACCGAGCCUCAAGGAAAUAACCAAAGCCAGCAACAACCGAACCUUGCUCACCAAGCCGGCAGCACCGUCCCGCGAACCAGCCCAGCGUUGUCUGCUGGCUCUGGGACAACUGGGACAUCAGGCACAGCCUCUAGCAGGUCCUUAGCAACCACGACAACUUCCCUCUCCGGCAGCGCAACCACCACCAACGCGAAUCUCCACCACGGAACAAGUAGUAAUAGCAACAGCCGCAAUCUGCGCCACCAGCAACAGCAAAACCGUAUGUUCCACUCCCACCCGUUUCUCUACAGUUCGGACGCGGAAAAAGGGAUCAAUCGGGUGAUUCCGGAGGAGGACGAGGAGGAUUUGCUCCACCUAACGCCGAUCGCCCAGCCCACCAUCGUCCAAAACCUCCGCGCGUUGUCGCAAUCGCCACGGGAUGGGGAGGACGAAGCGACCAGAGGUGCUGGGGGUAGUACUACCAAUACGUCUCGUGCUACGCCGGUGCAGCUGGUGGAGCCUCUGUCAAAAUCCCCGGCGGUAGCGAAUACAACGUCGGUAAAACUUCUACCAGGGACGAGAAGAAGCGAAACCGGCGGCGCGAGUGGCGGGUCCAGUGCUUCUAGUUUAUCCUCCAGCGCAUUGAUUCAUCCCAGCGGAGGAACAACCAAACCGGCUCGCGGUGGUGGUCCUACAAAAACUUUCGCGACCUCUAUCUCCAGUCCGGUAAUGCCGCCGGGCAGUUGCAGAGCAGUAGCUUCUGUUGCGGUUGUGGCUGCACCUACCGCCGGUGUAGUUUUGAAGUCUAGUCCGAGGGCGAGUUCGGUUUCGAGCAAUUCAAUCACCAGCACCAACUCGGACCCCGCCUCAAAUCCGCGACGAACAAACGUGAAUCUCUAUGACAUUCACAGUCCCGGUCCCGGCGUCGGCAUGCCCUUUUCCCCGCCCGAACGGACCAGGCUGACAAGUCCGGUGGUGCCGAGUGGUCAACAACAUCACGCAGCGCGUCAACUGAGACAAGAAGGCUCGGCAACCGAUUCGGGAGCUACAGCGAGAGCUGGUCUCCCUGUUGCCGCACCAGUGUUGAAAGUUGAGCAAGUAGGAUCAUCAUCUACUGUGGGGAAAAUGAAUGUAGUUGGCGGUGCGGGUAGUAGUAAUACGGCCGCCACGACCUCCGUUGUAGAGACCAGAGGCGCAGCACGAGGAAAUGAUGCUUCUAACGAAAUAAGCAACGAAAAUUGCUUAUCUCUCACCGAGGAGCUGCAGCGUUGCUUGUGCCUCAUCUCCCGUGUGCAAUUCUACUACUCGCAGAUGUCACCGCACGAGUUCCUGGGGCAAUUUCAGGCUAAGUGGCUGCCAGCGCAAGGAUUAGAUAGCGACCACAAAGUGCAUGCCCGAAGGAAGCGCGAACUGAAAAAGAAGCAGAUUGAGGAGCAAAAACUCGCGGAAGCUGUGGCUGCGGCGAAGAAAAAGUUGCAGGAGGCGAAAGAGAAGGAAGAAGCGGCUCUUAAGGAGGCGGAGGACACGGCAAAAGAGGAGGAAGGGAAGAAGUCUGACAGCGAGGAAAAUUCCUGUUCAAAGGACAAAACUGAGGCCGCUGACGGUGUUGAAACUACAGAAACAACUUUGAAGAAGAACACCGAAGACACGCCAGCUUCGCCGAAAGCCGCGUCGACAACUUCUGAAAAACCUCCAGCCCCACAGGAGGAGCAGCUUCCCGCAGCAGAGACAGCGAAGGCGCCUCCUGGCCAAGGCAUAGACAAUCAAGGAGCAGCACAAGGUGGUCGUCCCCCUCAAGCUCGCAAACACGCAAGACUACUUCCAGCGACCAUGCACGAGCAACUACUUGUCCUUGCGGUGAAAAAAGCCCGGGAGGUGGAAAACGAAAGGAAACAGCAGGUGGAGGCACGCCGGAAUGCAAAAAGCGCGGCCGGCGGUGACGGUACUGAGGGGGCACAAGCAGAGAAGGGAGAAAACGCGGAAGCAGCAGGAGCGGCCGGUAGUUGUACGCCUGGUAAUGCAUCUGGAUCCUCCACGGCGAAGAGUGAAAUAAGUGCGGAACCGAAGAUAAAGCGCGUGAACAUCAAGGAUGACAUCACAGAGGCAGUUGUAGAUAUCAACAUCUCAAACAAGUCCAAAAAGAAGGAGAAGCCGUCCGCUGGUGCGGAUAUGACCAGUAACGGUAGUACUCCGACGAACAAAGGCAAAACAAAACCUGAAUUAUCUUCAGCAGUCUUUACGAGGCUAGAGAAACUAAAGCGGAAUCUCUUCCAGUCCAUGGACGGGUGUUACGUGCACAAAACGAUCAAAGACUCCUACGGGAUGGGACUCCGCUACUUCAAAACGAAUGGGAGGGACAUGCUGCGGCAGGAGCGAAAGAGGCGGAGAAGGCUCCGGAGAAGUAGAAAGCGGGCGGAGAAAGCGGCAAAACAACGCUCCACGACCUGCGCGUCGACAUUGAAAGACCAACGCGAGAAGCGGAAAGCAAAACGAGACAAAAAACUGCAGUCUGAAGACAAAGCUAAACUGUUGCUGCAACUAGACGCUGCUAGCGCUAUCGAGAGCGGCGCGCAAUUAUCUUCACCGCCCGGAAAAAUAAAGUCGAAAUCUCCCUUCCGGCCCUCGUACCUCCCCUCCGGACCGAAAAUCCGAAAUUUCCAGCACGACACGCAGCACGUGGCGGAAAAAGUGCUCGGCGACAGUUCCUACCUGUCCCUGCGCCACUUCAUUCUCUUCGGGUUAGCGCACAACUUCUUGACGCGCAUCCUCGAGUACCCGUUGGUCCGGCUGAAAAAAAACCUGCACCUAGUCCAGCAGCGUCCCGCGCGGCCGGGCGAAGAAUGUUUUGUCGACUUGGACCUGUUCGUGCAACUUUGUGAUGGCACCAUGCACUUGGAGCGGAUUGCAUUGCUGGCGUAUCGGGACGUUUCCCAACUGCGGCACCUGUUGACGCACGUCCUCCCGAAGGACCCUCGCGUGGACCGGGUCACGUUUUUACGAAGGUAGAAGUAGUUGCGUCGUACUAGAAUCAGAAAGAGUCGAAGCAGAAAUGUCUCAUAUGUCUGAGACUGAGUCGCUCUGCUCGGACUGGUUAAUUAAAGACGAAGGCAGUAGAGAUCAAUGAACUUGAGUCUCUGAUAUUUUACUGCGCAGCGUUGGUUUGUAUGUGUUGAAAGCGGUUGCUCGCAAGGACAAGUUGUUGUUCAGAUAUUCAGACACAGAAACUUGUUUGCGUUCGAACAUGAAGAUCCGGCUUUAUUUCGAAAUCACUUCUACAUCCAGAAAGAAGGAGACGAAAAGUAGGUGCAGCCGCAUAUUACGCGGCAUUCUAUUUCAAGCACAGUCUCCUGGUUCCAGCACCAGCUCUGCGUGAUCAUGAUACAGCAACUCGAGC